AUGGAGAACGACAUCGCGUCGCCGGUCCUCGCCUUCGACGCCCUGCAGUUGGUGCCAACGCGGACCCCGGUAGAAGACGCGGCGCAGGCGAUGGAGAGAAGCAUUCUGCAUGUGGCAGUGAUGGUUUGUAUGUACUUGAUCACCACUGCUUUGGGGACCGUGAUGCUAUUCUGUGCUGGCAAAGCCAAAGCAGUACCAAAGCGAAAGAGAACAUCAAGGAAAGACAGCCUGUCAUCGAAAACGAGCGAGGAUGAGAUGGCGGUGCGCGUAGAGGAGGAGGUGCCAGACCCCGACGACGAAGCUAAAGAACCUGACCUUCUUCAACUACCCAUCAGCUUGCAGUACCAGAAAGCCUUUGUGGUGGGUGUGUAUUGCUGCAAUUUUCUCCUGUGCCUGGCGGCAGGCGUCGGCAGCACGUUGACGGGGCUAUUGAGCCCGGAGCUCGGGCUAGCUUGGGAAUUCUACACGGUGCAUUUUGCAUGUGGAUGUCUUUGGAUGCUUGCGCAGGAGUUCUAUGUCUCUUCGCCAGUACUUCAAAACCAAUGCAGCUGCCUCCUGGGUGAGGUUAACUUUCUGGACGUAGCCUUGAUGGAGACCACCACUGCUGGAUUGUGA